ACAUGCAACUGAGAACAAGGUGAAGAACCUGACAGAGGAGAUGGCUGGGCUGGAUGAGACCAUUGCCAAGCUGACCAAGGAGAAGAAGGCUCUGCAGGAAGCUCACCAGCAGACACUGGAUGACCUGCAGGCAGAAGAGGACAAAGUCAAUACCUUGACCAAGGCCAAAGUCAAGCUGGAGCAGCAAACAGACGAUCUUGAAGGCUCCCUGGAACAGGAGAAGAAGAUCAGGAUGGACCUGGAACGGGCCAAGAGGAAGCUGGAAGGAGACUUGAAGCUGUCCCAGGAGAACAUCAUGGACCUGGAGAAUGAUAAGCAGCAGCUGGAGGAGAAGCUGAAAAAGAAAGAGUUUGAGAUCCACCAGCAGAACAGCAAGAUCGAGGAUGAGCAGGCACUGGCCCUGCAGCUCCAGAAGAAGCUGAAGGAGCUGCAGGCGCGCAUCGAGGAGCUGGAGGAGGAGCUGGAGGCAGAGCGCACAGGCAGGGCCAAGGUGGAGAAGCUGCGCUCGGAGCUGUCGCGGGAGCUGGAGGAGAUCAGCGAGCGGCUGGAGGAGGCUGGGGGAGCCACCUCGGUGCAGCUGGAGCUGAACAAGAAGAGGGAGGCUGAGUUCCAGAAGAUGAGGAGGGACCUGGAGGAGGCCACCCUGCAGCACGAGGCCACCGCCGCCGCCCUGCGCAAGAAGCACGCGGACAGCGUGGCCGAGCUGGGCGAGCAGCUGGACAACCUGCAGAGGGUCAAGCAGAAGCUGGAGAAGGAGAAGAGCGAACUCAAGCUGGAGCUGGACGACCUCAGCGCCAACAUGGAGCAGCUGAUCAAGGCCAAGGUGGGCAUGGAGAAGGUCUCUCGCAGCAUGGAGGACCAAGCCGCGGAGCACAGAGCCAAGCUGGAGGAGACCCAGAGAGUGCUCAACGACACCAACACGCAGAGGGCCAAGCUGCAGACCGAGAACGGGGAGCUGAGUCGGCAGCUGGAGGAGAAGGAGGCUCUGAUCUCGCAGCUCACCAGGGGCAAGCAGUCCUACACCCAGCAGAUGGAGGACCUGAAGAGGCAGCUGGAGGAGGAGAUGAAGGCCAAGAACGCCCUGGCCCAUGCCCUGCAGUCUGCCAGGCAUGACUGUGACCUGCUGCGGGAGCAGUACGAGGAGGAGGUGGAGGCCAAGGCCGAGCUCCAGCGCUCCCUCUCCAAGGCCAACUCCGAGGUGGCUCAGUGGAGGACCAAGUACGAGACCGAUGCCAUCCAGCGCACCGAGGAGCUGGAGGAGGCCAAGAAGAAGCUGGCCCAGAGGCUGCAGGAGGCUGAGGAGGCUGUGGAGGCUGUGAAUGCCAAAUGCUCCUCCCUGGAGAAGACCAAGCACAGGCUGCAGAACGAGAUCGAGGACCUGAUGGCAGACGUGGAGAGGUCCAACGCUGCUGCUGCUGCCCUGGACAAGAAGCAGAGGAACUUCGACAAGGUGGUGGCCGAGUGGAAGCAGAAGUUCGAGGAGUCGCAGACGGAGCUGGAGGCGUCGCAGAAGGAGGCCAGGGGCCUGAGCACGGAGCUCUUCAAGCUGAAGAACGCCUACGAGGAGGCCCUGGAGCACCUGGAGACCUUCAAGAGGGAGAACAAGAACCUGCAGGAGGAGAUCUCAGACCUGACGGAGCAGCUGGGGGCCAGCCACAAGACCAUCCACGAGCUGGAGAAGGUUCGCAAGCAGCUGGACGCCGAGAAGCUGGAGCUGCAGGCGGCGCUGGAGGAGGCUGAGGCCUCCCUGGAGCACGAGGAAGGGAAGAUCCUGAGGGCCCAGCUGGAGUUCAACCAGGUGAAGGCAGAGCACGAGCGGAAGCUGGCGGAGAAGGAGGAGGAGAUGGAGCAGGCCAAGCGCAACCACCUGCGGGUGGUGGACUCCCUGCAGACCUCCCUGGACGCCGAGACCAGGAGCCGCAACGAGGCCCUGAGGCUGAAGAAGAAGAUGGAAGGGGACCUGAACGAGAUGGAGAUCCAGCUGGGGCACGCCAACCGCGCCGCCGCCGAGGCCCAGAAGCAGGUCAAGAGCCUGCAGGGGCUGCUCAAGGACACGCAGCUGCAGCUGGACGAUGUGGUGCGGGCGAGCGAGGAGCUGCGGGAGAACGUGGCCAUGGUGGAGCGCAGGAGCAGCCUGCUGCAGGCGGAGCUGCAGGAGCUGCGGGCGCUGCUGGAGCAGACGGAGCGCGGCAGGAAGCUGGCGGAGCAGGAGCUGGUGGAGGCCAGCGAGAGGGUGCAGCUCCUGCACUCCCAGAACACCAGCCUCAUCAACCAGAAGAAGAAGCUGGAGGCUGACAUCUGCCAGCUGCAGGCAGAGGUGGAGGAGGCAGUGCAGGAGUGCAGGAACGCCGAGGAGAAGGCCAAGAAAGCCAUCACGGACGCUGCCAUGAUGGCAGAGGAGCUGAAGAAGGAGCAGGACACCAGCGCCCACCUGGAGAGGAUGAAGAAGAACAUGGAGCAGACCAUCAAGGACCUGCAGCUGAGGCUGGACGAGGCCGAGCAGCUGGCACUCAAGGGGGGCAAGAAGCAGCUGCAGAAGCUGGAGGGCAGGGUGAGGGAGCUGGAGACGGAGCUGGAGGCCGAGCAGAAGCGCAACGCCGAGAGCGUGAAAGGGCUGCGCAAGGCCGAGCGGAGGGUCAAGGAGCUCAGCUACCAGACAGAGGAGGACAAGAAGAACCUGCUGAGGCUGCAGGAGCUGGUGGACAAGCUGCAGAUGAAGGUCAAGGCCUACAAGAGGCAGGCAGAGGAGGCGGAGGAGCAGGCCAACACCAACCUGGCCAAGUUCCGGAAGGCUCAGCACGAGCUGGACGAGGCCGAGGAGCGAGCAGACAUCGCCGAGUCCCAGGUCAACAAACUGCGCGCCAGGAGCCGCGACAUCGGCGCCAAGAAGCUUCACGAUGAGGAGUGACCUCCCCCCACCAGCUGUGACCCCCCCCCCCGUGACCAGUGGUGACCCUGACACCAGUGGUGACCCCACCAGCCGUGACCCCACCCCCACACCUCCCCCCCCCCCCCAUCCAAGAUGGGAUCCAAUGAGACCUUUCUGGCAGCAGGGACUUGAGGUCCCCCUGCCCACACCCACCCCCCCCCCAAAA